AUGUCAACGCAAACACAGGAGGAGAGCCAGCAGGAGCAUCACAUGUCGCUGAUGUCCGCUUCGUCGCAUAUCGAUGCUGGAGAUACGUUGCCGCAGUCGCAGACACAGUUGGAGGUUCCCGAGGGGGGUGGUUCCCAGCAGGGGUCCCAACAGGGAGCGGGCAACGGUGCUGAGGAGGAGGAUGUGGCGCUCGUGUCGUUCGUGCCGCUUGAAAAGUUACAGAUUAAUGGUAUUACGUCCACGGAUAUUAAGAAGUUGAGGGAGAGCGGGCUGCACACGGUCGAGGCAGUCGCGUACGCCCCGAAGAAGGCGUUGUUGGAGAUUAAAGGUAUCUCGGAGACAAAGGCGGACCGGCUUUUGAAUGAGGCUGCUAGGCUUGUGCCCAUGGGGUUUGUCACCGCUGCAGACUUCCACAUGCGUAGAUCGGAAAUGAUAUGUUUGACAACGGGUUCGAAAAACUUGGACACACUGCUAGGUGGCGGGGUCGAGACCGGGUCUAUCACGGAACUGUACGGUGAGUUCAGAACGGGUAAGUCGCAACUGUGCCACACUCUGGCAGUCACUUGCCAGAUACCGCUGGAUAUUGGCGGUGGCGAGGGGAAGUGCCUGUACAUCGACACAGAGGGUACGUUCAGGCCAGUUAGGCUUGUAUCGAUCGCGCAGCGGUUCGGACUGGACCCAGACGACGCGCUGAACAACGUCGCUUACGCAAGAGCCUACAACGCAGACCACCAACUGCGGCUGCUGGACGCAGCUGCACAGAUGAUGAGCGAGUCUCGGUUUUCGCUCAUUAUUGUCGACUCCGUGAUGGCUCUGUACAGAACAGACUUCUCCGGUCGUGGGGAACUGAGCGCAAGGCAGAUGCAUCUGGCAAAGUUCAUGCGGGCGCUGCAACGGCUCGCCGACCAGUUUGGGGUCGCCGUUGUUGUGACUAACCAGGUCGUUGCGCAGGUCGACGGUGGGAUGAUGUUCAACCCGGACCCCAAAAAGCCGAUCGGUGGGAACAUCAUGGCACACUCCUCUACAACAAGACUAGGGUUCAGGAAGGGGAAGGGCUGUCAGAGACUAUGUAAAGUGGCCGACUCACCCUGUCUCCCCGAGGCAGAGUGUGUGUUCGCCAUAUACGAGGACGGUGUGGGUGAUCCAAGAGAGGAGGAUGAGUGA